UCUGGUUCUGGACAAACAAAGGAAGAGAAUCUAAAACAGAACUAUUCCAUCACCCCAAAGGAUCUAUACUUCCUUAAAGCUCUCAACUUUGUUGUACUUCAACCUUAACCAAUUCUCACCUUCUCAUCAGCAACAAUGACUUCUUCUUCUGCUGCUGCUUCAUCAUCAUCCUUCACAGAUUUCCCAGAAGAUGUUCAGCUCUGUAUCCUCUCCUUCUUAGAACCACCAGAAAUCACCUCAUUUUCAUGUACAUCUAAACGAUUUUCAUCUCUUUGUCAAUCUGAUAACAAACUGUGGUUCUCAAUGUGUGAAAGAAAAUGGGGUACAAAUACUCAGAUCAAAAAAUGGGGAAAUGGGCAGAUUCAUUUCAAGCUUCUUUACAGAACCCUAAAUCGAUUUGAGAAACUGAUUGGAUUUUGGCGUAGAAGUGGACAACAAGGUAACAAUACUAGUAUUACUGCUGGUAAUGGAUUAAUUGUUCCACCCCCUUUAGUUUUUUUUGAAUGGGGUGAAUCAUUUAUUACUGGUUCUAGGGUUUCACCAUGUAAAUCAGGUACUUAUAAAGUUAUAAAGACUCCAUUUUUAUGGUUAGGGAUUUCUAAAAGGGGUGAACCCUUGAAUUUUCUUGACCCUGAAUGUCGAUUUGAAUCUCCUGAUGAUUUUGUUAAGAUAGCUGAGAUGGGUGCAUCUUCUUCUACUUCAGAUGCAGAUUUGAUUAGUGUUAAUGUUAGUUUCAUGGGUAGUAAUCAUGUUAUUGUUGAGGAGAAUCUGUUUGGUUAUUCAUAUUCUUCUCCAGAAGGGAAGAAAUUGUUAGGAUUCAGGAGAAGUCCUAGUUCUAAUGAUGAUUUGGGGGUUGUUAUAGAGGAUGUGACUGGUUGGGAGAGUACAUCUCCAGGAAGUUUGCCAGAACAUCAAACAUCAGAAAUUUAUCAGUAUUUUGCGAAUCGGACUAGUCCUGGUGGAGAUAGGGCUUCUAGGAGGCAAAGGAGGAAAGAUAAGGAACGUAAUGGAAGGCGGAAAUGGGAUUCCCAGCAUUUCGUAAAGAUUGUAAAUUGUGCUCCUACUUCUGGACGUCCCUUGCAGGGAUUGUGGAAGGGAAUCUGUGAUGAUAUGAGCUUGGAGUUUUAUCUCGUGGCAUACGAUGACAUUGGAGGUGUAACUUGCCGAAAGGUGGGUGAUUCCGUUGAACCUUUCUCUGGCUAUUCUCCAGUCUUCUGGACCUCAAAUACUACGUUCAUCGAGUCCCCAUUGUCAUGUGAAGAGGAAUAUUUAUAUGAUAGUCGAAUACAUCUUCAGCCACCCAUUGUUAAUCACAUUUGCGACCACUCUCCUUUCAUAGAAAAUGAAGAGGUUUUGCGUAUUCUGAACAUCAAUUCCAGUUACGAUCUGGUUAUUCCAGAUCUUGCAGUAUCUUCUGUCAACCCUAGGCAGGCAGAAGGUAGGAUUUGGCAGUAUGCUAGUGGGACUUUUGGGUUUGGGUUUCUUCGGAACAAUUACAUUAUAGACAUGAAGCAUAUUGUUCUGGAUGGGCAUCUACUUGAUACAGCUGAAUGUUGUAAUUAAUAUUUACUAUAUUAAUUGUACAUAACAUUGAUCUUGUAGACCUUCCACGUUUUAUUUAGUCAGUAAACUAUCAGUCUGAUCAUUUCUUAUGAUUCUGGCAUUUUUUUUUUAAUAAACGGUUGAAAAUUUCUGGAAAACUUUUCUGGAUGAAAGAAACUUACUCUUUUGUAUUUC